AUGACUCAGAGUGAAACGCCCAACCCACUUAAAGAUACUAAGGUGUUCCAGCCGAUUACCGUGGGGAAACACCAAUUGACGCACCGAGUAGUGCACGCCCCUUCCACCAGAUUAAGGGCCACCAACGACCACGUGCCGUCUCAGCUCACGGUCCAGUACUAUGACGAGCACUCCAAAACCCCCGGUUCGCUUAUUGUUGUUGAAGCGACGUACGUGGCGCCGCUAGCCACCGGUCAAAGUAACGCACCGGGGAUAUGGAACGACGCGCAAACCCAAGCGUGGAAAGCAGUGGUAGACAAAGUCCACGCUAACCAGCUGAAGAUUGCGUCUCAGCUUUGGUUCUUGGGACGUAAAGCCGACCCUAAUUUCCUUAAACAAAGGAAAAUUGAUUACGUUUCGGCACUGGCAAUUUAUGAUUCAGAACAAGCCGAGGCCAAAGCUAAAGAAGCAGAGUGGCCGUUAAGAGCAUUAACUACGGAAGAAGUGGAAAACUUAGUGGAAGAAGUGUAUCCUAAAGCUGCUAGAAACGCUCUUGAGGGGGCUAAUUUUGAUUAUAUUGAGCUUCACGGGGCUCAUGGCUAUUUGCUCGACCAAUUCCUUUCUCCUGAAUCCAACCAUCGCACCGAUAAAUACGGUGGCUCCAUUGAAAACAGAUCGCGGUUUAUCCUCGAACUUAUUGACAGAUUAGGCUCCGAGUUCGGCUACGAUAAGGUCGCUAUACGUAUUUCCCCCUGGAGAAAUCAGGAUGGCAUGAAAGGCCGCGAAUCCGCAGUACACCCCGUGGUCAAUUACGGGUAUUUAUUAUCGGAAUUACAACGGAGAGCUGAUCAAGGCAAGGAAGUGGCGUAUGUGUCGGUUUUAGACCCUCGAGUCAACGAUACCAAGGCUAACGUGAUCGACCAUGAAAACGAGAACUUGGACUUUGUCCCCUUAAUCUGGAAAGGUAAGAUUAUCCGAGCGGGCAAUUAUACUUAUGAUUCUCCGAAGUUUAAGCGCAUUGUUGACGAUGUGGAUAAUGACCGGACAUUAAUCGCCUUUUCUCGCUAUUUCACGCUGAACCCUGAUUUGGUGGCCAGAUUACGUGACGGUCUCGUGCUCGAACCCUAUGAUCGCCAAUAUUUCUAUUAUGGUAAUAACUGGCUGUACAACACGUGGAACAACUACGGUGAGUCGAAAACAUGGGAUAAAGACGAGGAAUUGAAAGUUGAGCUUAAACCAGCGCAAUAA